CGAAGGACCGCAAAAUAUAAACGUCAGAGUUUACGUUCUGCCAGCGGUGGGCGGAAGUUGCGGAACUUCAUACCGCAUUUCGCCUGCGUUUUCCGAGUACUGGAGUUUUGUACAUAGGUACCUGGUAUCAUGGCGACCAGACGGGCUCUGAAGGCAGUGCUGAUUGACCUGAGUGGAACCCUCCAUGUAGAAGACACAGCCGUGCCUGGAGCACAGGACGCACUCCACAGGUUGCGUCAGGCCUCUGUAGCGGUGAAGUUUGUGACCAACACCACUAAGGAGUGUAAGAGGAACCUUGUGGAGCGUCUCCACAGUCUGAACUUUGACAUCCAGGAGCAGGAGAUCUUCACGUCCCUGACAGCAGCCAGGAGCCUCGUGGAGCAGAGACAACUACGCCCCCUACUGCUGGUGGCGGACAGUGCACUGGAGGACUUCUCAGGUAUGGAGACAUCCGAACCCAACGCUGUGGUGAUAGGCUUAGCUCCAGACCACUUCAACUACCAGACGCUCAACAAAGCAUUCAGGCUGGUUCUAGACGGGGCCCCCCUCAUAGCCAUCCAUAAGGCCAGGUAUUAUAAGAGGAAGGAUGGUCUGGCGCUGGGCCCCGGAGCCUUUGUGACAGGGUUAGAGUACGCUACAGACUGUCAAGCCACCGUUGUGGGGAAGCCUGAGGGGACAUUCUUCCUGGAGGCUCUGAGGGACAUUGGCUGUUGUCCUGAAGAGGCCAUCAUGAUUGGAGACGACGCCAGAGACGACGUGGGCGGGGCUCAAAACAUUGGCAUGCUGGGAAUUGUAGUCAGAACCGGUAAAUACAGAGUGGGAGAUGAGGGUAAAAUUAAUCCUCCACCAUACCUGACCUGUGACAGCUUCACUCAAGCUGUGGACCACAUCCUCCAACACAUCCUUUAACUAUGAUUCUCUCACUAUUAGAUCAUUUAGACAUGGGUAUAUCUCAUCAUGUUGCAGUCCCACACCAGACUCUAACACCUCUAGUCCCACACCAGACUAACACCUCCUCUAGUCCCACACCAGACUAACACCACCUCUAGUCCCACACCAGACUAACACCUCCUCUAGUCCCACACCAGACUGUAACACCUCUAGUCCCACACCAGACUAACAUCUCCUCUAGUCCCACACCAGACUGUAACACCUCCUCUAGUCCCACACCAGACUAACACCUCCUCUAGUCCCACACCAGACUAACACCUCCUCUAGUCCCACACCAGACUGUAACACCUCCUCUAGUCCCACACCAGACUAACACUUCCUCUAGUCCCACACCAGACUAACACCUCCUCUAGUCCCACACCAGACUGUAACACCUCCUCUAGUCCCACACCAGACUGUAACACCUCCUCUAGUCCCACACCAGACUGUAACACCUCCUCUAGUCCCACACCAGACUGUAACACCUCCUCUAGUCCCACACCAGACAAACACCUCCUCUAGUCCCACACCAGACAAACACCUCCUCUAGUCCCACACCAGACAAACACCUCCUCUAGUCCCACACCAGACAAACACCUCCUCUACUCCCACACCAGACUAACACCUCCUCUACUCCCACACCAGACUAACACCUCCUCUAGUCCCACACCAGACAAACACCUCCUCUACUCCCACACCAGACUAACACCUCCUCUACUCCCACACCAGACUGUAACACCUCCUCUAGUCCCACACCAGACUGUAACACCUCUAGUCCCACACCAGACUAACACCUCCUCUGGUCCCACACCAGACUAACACCGCCUCUAGUCCAACACCAGACUGUAACACCUCUAGUCCCACACCAGACUAACACCUCCUCUGGUCCCACACCAGACUAACACCUCCUCUAGUCCCACACCAGACAAACACCUCCUCUACUCUCACACCAGACUGUAACACCUCCUCUACUCUCACACCAGACUGUAACACCUCCUCUACUCUCACACCAGACUGUAACACCUCCUCUAGUCCCACACCAGACUGUAACACCUCCUCUGGUCUCACACCAGACUAACACCGCCUCUAGUCCAACACCAGACUAACACCUCCUCUAGUCCCACACCAGACUGUAACACCUCUAACAUCUCACACGCCAUCUAACUAUGGCUGCUGUGUUCCUCAUCUAACUGAGGUUAGGGUUAAGGUGCUGUGUUGAUGAAUAGGUAGUGUUAGGGUUCUGUGUUGAUGAAUAGGUAGUGUUAGGUUUCUGUGUUGAUGAAUAGCUAGUGUUAGGUUUCUGUGUUGAUGAGUAGGUAGUGUUAGGGUUCUGUGUUGAUGAAUAGAUACUGGGAUAACAAGACUGCAUCAAACCUUUGCACUUGUGAAGAGUGUUUAAAAUGGCACGUUUCUGAAAAAUGUCUUGUGUGUAAUCAUGUUUAUAAAAAAAGUGAUCAUGA